CACACGUUAGGCGAUCUAGCGAGUUUGAUUACAUGUAUACUGGGAGACGUGAUUAGUUAGCUAAGUACUAGGACUAGGGACUAGAUUAUUAGCGCUAGUAAUAAUUAAUUCAGAGAUGAAGUUUGGGAAGCGGCUGAAGAAGCAGAUCGAGGAGAGCCUGCCGGAGUGGCGGAGCCAGUUCCUCAACUACAAGGAGCUCAAGCGCCGCGUCAACGCCGUCUCCUCCCCGGCGCCCUCCCCUGACGCCGAGGCCGACUUCCUCGCCCUGCUCAACGCCGAGGUCGACAAGUUCAACCACUUCUUCCUCGAGCAGGAGGAGGAGUUCAUCAUCAGGCAGAGGGAACUGCAGGAGAGGAUCCAGAGGGCGGCCGAGGCCAAGCCGGCGCCGGCGGUGGAGGCGGAGAUCGCGCGCAUACGGCGGGAGGUCGUCGACUGCCACGGCGAGAUGGUGCUGCUCCUCAACUACAGCAGCAUGAACUACACGGGCCUCGCCAAGAUCCUCAAGAAGUACGACAAGCGCACCGGCGGCCUCCUCCGCCUGCCCGUCAUCGCCAGCGUCCUGCAGCAGCCUUUCUUCACCACCGAGCUCAUCUCCAAGCUCGUCAAAGACUGCGAGGCCAUGACGGAGGCCGUCUUCCCCGCCCCAGCUGCCGACGCCAGCCAGCGGAAGGAGGAGGAGCGCGACGCGCUGGCCGUCGCCGAGCAGAGCAUCUUCCGCAACACCGUCGCCGCGCUGCUCACCAUGCAGGAGGUCCGCAGCGGUAGCUCCACCAUCGGCCACUUCUCCCUGCCGCCCCUGGCGCCCCUGCCGGAGUCCGACUGGCUGCUUCAGUCGGUCCAGCCGCCGUCGCCCCUCAUCCCCACGCAGUGAAUUGGUGAUACACCACAGAAUAUACAAGCACACACCAAUGCGGUGCUUAAUUAAAUUAAUUGGAGGCUACCAUUUUGAUUUCUUUUUAUUUGUCACGAAAUGCUGCACUGUUAUGCGGCUGAAAAGAGCAGAUGUGUAAUUAUCAGUUAGUAAUAUCUUUUUCCUUUUGGUGUGUACUUUUGCUCUGUUUUCCCCACUUUUUCCUAACUACUAGGAGUAAAUAAUGUCGAAGGCCGGAUCAAUUCGCAUUGUUCUUGCAGUGUAAUUUU